AAUGCACCUGAUAAUCCCUCCGCUUUUCCAUAGUAAGCAGAAAAUAUGCAAGUAAGCUGUACUGCCUUUCCGAACUCUUUUUAGGCUAAUCCUCCCGCCCGGCCUAUCCAAAGAUACCAGCGUAAGGUGAAAAAAGAAAUCCAGGACCUGCGACAAACCGCCGUCCCAAAUGGCAUCUCCACAGAAACGCGUUCGCCCCCGGUCUCCAACAAAUCAUCAUUAAGGGGGAAGAAAUAAGCUGCGAAUUGACGCCAUUCGUUCCUAGUCCUAUCGUUUCCCUCCCCGUCUCCAAUGGCUCCCAGUGACCCUGUGUCGCGCACCGAACCAUCCACCGACCGUAACGUCAAGCACGUCGUACUGGGUGACCUCCUUUUUCCAACAUGGUAUCAGUCUAUCUAUCCGGAAGAUCUCGUCAAUAAGGACACAGACAGGUUGUACGUCUGUCGUUGGUGCUUCCGCUACUCGUGCGACGUCUACGCCUACGCGCAACAUACGCGACUCUGCCAACACCGGAUAACACCUCCUGGAACGAAAGUCUACGAUCAUGGCGGAUACUCCGUGUGGGAGCUAGACGGUGAAAGUCACAAACUAUACGCGCAGAACCUUUCCUUGUUCGCCAAACUCUUCCUAGAUCAUAAGUCCGUCUUCUACGACGUCGUCUCCUUCCUCUACUACCUCCUCGUUUUCACCGACCCCAAUGACCCCGAGAAUUACUACGUCUUGGGGUUCUUCUCGAAAGAGAAGCUCUCCUGGGAUGCGAACAAUCUCGCAUGCAUCCUCGUCUUCCCGCCCUACCAACAUAAGCAGCUAGGGAAACUGUUGAUGGGCGUGAGUUAUAAGAUCAGUUCCUGGGAGAGCGAUAGUGGCCUCAUAGGCGGUCCGGAACGGCCGCUCAGUGAGAUGGGCCACAGGAGUUAUACUCGGUUCUGGCAGGAACGAAUAGCCAGGUAUCUAUUGUUAAAGGGAGGCAAACAAAAAGAAGCAGACGCGUCUGGCUCCGUGCCACUGAAGCAGAAGUCUCCGAAGACGUCCAAACGAAAACAUACCCACGAGCUCAUGACAGUGCAGGACAUUGGUCUGGCGACAGGGAUGUUGCCCGAGGAUGUUGUCACCGCUCUUCAAGGCCUGGGAGCCGUUGAGCCUGCGACGCCAGCCAAAAAGCGCAGGACAAAGGAUUCAUCUGGCGAGGCUGGAUCGGGCGCAGACGAGGCCUUACUAAUUCGGAAGUCUAAGAUCCUUGAGUGGGCAAAGUCACAUCAUAUGGCGCUCCAAGACCCUGUUAGAGAUGAGGGUUUCCUUGGGAAAUGGGCCGCCGUUGAUUCCACUGAAGCGAGUGAUGUCGACAGUGAUGAUGUUGACGAAGAUGCUGGGUAGAAGCUCCCUGGCCAACUCCCUAUUUUUGAACCCAUCCUUACGUUCUACCCACUAUGUUUCCUGAUUGGGAAACAGUGUCAUGUAUAAUUUUUUUUGCCUCUACUUACGCUACUGACCGUAUGGAGCAUCAUAUCAUUAAUGAAUACCUAGCAAUACUAUAGAUAGACGGGCUAGUCCUCUGAAAGCUUUCUCUCAUGGAAAUAGUGGUAUUUCUAUGUAGGGUCUGAAACAUCAUCGCAUCCGACGAUGCUACCUUGCAACAGAUGAGUAACUUAGCGUAGGACGUGUUAGCUCUGCAAGUUACGCAACUCGCUCACUUAUUGUUCGCUGGUCAUUACAGCCAAGGGACAAUAGUACUCUGCAUGUGCUAUGAGCAUGCUACUUGAUCUCGCUGCCUACUUUUUAAAUUUCACAGGAUAAAAGUCAAGACACUCACCAUCCCUUAGGCAGCCAUGAGCGACGUAAUAUUACU